UCAGAGUAUUAGUAAAUUGAUCAUUUGGUAUUUGAAAAUCCAAUCUAUCAAUCAAUCAAUCAAUCAAUCGUCAUAUCAAACAUGGCUACUCAAGAAGUUCCAACCUUUAAAUUAGUUUUAGUUGGUGAUGGUGGUACCGGUAAAACCACCUUUGUUAAGAGACAUUUAACCGGUGAAUUUGAAAAGAAAUAUAUUGCUACUUUAGGUGUUGAAGUUCAUCCAUUAGGUUUCCAUACUAAUUUUGGUGAAUUAAAAUUCGAUGUUUGGGAUACUGCUGGUCAAGAAAAAUUUGGUGGUUUAAGAGAUGGUUAUUAUAUUAAUGGUAAAUGUGGUAUCAUUAUGUUCGAUGUUACUUCAAGAAUUACUUAUAAAAAUGUCCCAAAUUGGCACAGAGAUUUAGUUAGAGUAUGUGAAAAUAUUCCAAUUGUUUUAUGUGGUAACAAGGUUGAUGUUAAAGAACGUAAAGUUAAAGCUAAAACUAUUACUUUCCAUAGAAAGAAGAAUUUACAAUAUUAUGAUAUCUCUGCUAAAUCAAAUUACAAUUUUGAAAAACCUUUCCUUUGGUUAGCAAGAAAAUUAGUUGGUAACCCUCAAUUAGAAUUCGUAGCUUCUCCAGCUUUAGCUCCACCAGAAGUUCAAGUUGAUGCUGAUUUAAUGCAAAAAUAUCAACAAGAAAUGGAACAAGCAACUGCUUUACCAUUACCUGAUGAAGAUGAUGCUGAUUUAUAAAUUUAAUUUGAAUAAACAAUAAAUCAAAUAUAUACACUAUAAUCAUCAUUGUAAUCAUCAAUCUCUAACUUAUAAACUAUUAUCCUUACAGUCGUCAUUUAUAUAGCUUUGAAUAAUAUA